AUUCGGUUUUCUUUAGCUUCCCCGAAUUUAUUUUCUCUUUUACUUUCAGUAUGGAGUUUCCCACUUUGUGUUUUUGAAUUGUCUAACUUAAAGUCUAAGGUAGAGUUGGAUCAGUAGAAGUGAAAGUUAAGAGAAAUUAAGUCGUAUCUUGCUGUGUACAUUUUGCCAGGACAUCACCACUGGUGGCUGUCAGAAGAUGUAAAGAGGAUUGGCUAUUCUUUGGAUGACUUGAUCUGCUUGGAAGAAGAAGAAUAUAUAUGAGCAUUAACUGUGUUUCUGAUACACUUUACAACAGGUCGAGCUGAAGGAAAAACGAUGUGAAAUGCCCGGCAGAUGUACCCAUGAACUAAGAAGUACAUCAUUUGCUGCUGAUGUGAAAAGAGGAUUUAGACAGCAUCUGCCAUUGUUGCCAUAGAAGAGGGCAGAAUUAUAACCCAAAAUGGCAGCAUUCAUUGCUAAACAGAUGGUUGGCAACCAACUAAAAUCAGUUAAAGGAGCUAUAGGAGGCGGGGACAAAGAAGGGGAAGGGGAAAGUAAGGAAGAUGCAGGCGGUGGAGGGGAGGAUCCAGAGGUGGAGGAAAUGCGGUUAGAGGCAGAAAGGAAGCGAAAGGAGAAGCAUGAGAAAGCAGAGGCUGAAAGAGAGGAACUCCGACAGUCAAUAAGGGACAAGUAUGGAUUAAAGAAGAAGGUGCCGGAGGAGGAAGGAAUGGUGAAUAAUGAUGAUGGAGGAAGAGUGGGGAGGAAGAAGAAGACCCCCGCCGAGCUAGCGGCUGAAGCGGCGGCAGACUCCGACGAAGAAGAGUUUACAAACCAUAAAGGUUCACAGUCAAAAAUCAAUUUGGUAGAUUGAAAAACUGAAUAAAGUUUUGCAUUGAAGUGACUAAUCAGUAUAACUAGAGAAUAAAUUGCUUUUUGUGCAUGCUGCUGAAAUUCUUUAUCAUCUUGCACUACUGCUUUCAUUUAAUUGUUAUCUUGUUUUAUCAUUCAAAUAACAAUACAAAUAUCAAUUAACUAGAGAUCUAUUGUAGUUUCACUGGUCUCAUUACAUUCAUCUAUUUUUGCUUGCUCUUUUCAUGGAUUUCAUUGAUCCUCAGGGUGGAAAUUGUCAGAUGUUUGGAGAAUGGAAAUCUGCUUUCUGAUAAAUAACAUGCUCCCAGAGUUCCAUUUUAAAGAAAACCAUAGAAGUUAAAAUGCAUGCCUACAAGAAAUUCUAAAACUACAGUACUUUUGCUUCCAAAAUGUCCUCACAUUUGAUAUUUAAAGGGUAGGGCAUAGAUAUUGUAAUUUUUUGGGUAUUUCCUUAUGUCAAACCAUUUAGAAAAAAUAUAUUGACAAGGCAAAUACAUGUACUUGCAUUGAUGUGUUUUGUAAUUAAUAGUUUUCAAUUUAAUUGAGUUGCUGAAGAUCACAAAUUUACAUUUUUCGUUAUUUCUAUUUGUGUGAAAUUAAACUUUGGAUACUUUCCAAUAACCCAAUAUUACUGGUAUUACCAGUGUUGCCUUCAUCAUAAUGAAACAUGCAUUGCUGUCUGGCAAAUUUGGAAAUGUAUGCAAGUUUUGCUGGGUUUCCCGGCAAUUUUUCCGACAAGGCAACAUUAAAAGAAAGCACCCCGAGAUAACUGCCAUUUUCUAUGCUGACUUUCCAGUAGAGUACAAUCUGACAGUAUAUUCAUUUAUAACGGAAGUUUUCUACAUUGAUUUUCCAGUAGAGUACAACCUGACAGUUUAUUUAUUUACAGUUAAACACUUUUAUAGCGAAAUCCUGGGGACAGAUAAUUUCUAUCCAUUAUAAACAUAUUCAUUAUAUCCAGUAAUUUCAUGAUGUGUAUUAAAACUGCAAGGAAUGGAAAUCACUUCACUAUAAGUGUGAAUUCGUUAUAAGAGUGUUCACGGUAACUGUGUUUUACUUUCCAUUUUAGAUCUCUUUAACAUGGAAACACACAUGUGUAUGCUACUGCUGUAUUAUAGAUUCCUGGGGAAAUUACCUGUAACAUUUUGCUUUCAGUGCCAAAAAAUAUGGAUGAACUGAAAAACAAAGUGCAGGACAUUCCACAAAAAUUGGCUCAAAGUGUCGGUGAAGUGACUGAAAAGUGCUCUCUGCAGUAAAUAACACUGUUGAUUGGUUCAUGUAAGUCAUGUGACAAUAUCUGGAUGAUUUGGUUGGUCUGUCAUUUGUAGUCGCAUUAAGCACCAGCUAAAAUUCAGAUUCAACUGUACUUUCAAUUGUUUCAUUUCUGUAGGAAGCACUUGUUUGUUUUCCAUUAGUCCUUUGCUUGCAAUUUAAGGUGUUGUGUGUUCCUUUUGCAUGGAAUAUGUUCAUAAUGGGUAGAAAUAGCUUUUCUGGAUGUCUUGGACUUAAGCUAGUAAGAAUCAGCAAACAAUAUUCACAUUUUUAAGAGUUUACAAUUUCUUUUUAUAGUUUUCUACAUAUUCAAUAUUUUAACAGUUUUCUUUAUGAAUUUGACCUCAGUAUUGUAAAUAAUUGUUUCUCUUUCUUAAUUCUCUCAUUUUUUCCAUCUUGAUACUUUUAAAUUAAGACUGAGUAAAUAAUUGUAAAGGAUAUCAACAUUAUAUUGAAAUAUUAUUACUGUAUGGAAAUGAUAUCAUUGCUAGUCCUCUUGUAGAUAAGAAUGUUAUGUUCAUACCUUUUUCAAUGCAUGGUUAUUCGCCCGUCUUUGUGGAAUGAUCUAGCAAACACUGAAAAUGAAGGAAAAUAUGAUUCUGAAAAUAUAAAAAAAAUUUAAAGGGAUUUAUAACUAAGUUUUGCUUAUUCUCUUUGUAUGUACAGAUUCUUCCAGGAUCACGUGACAAUACUCCAUAUUGAGAAAAUUAGGCAAUAUGGCAGCAGAACGUUUGUGAAAGUAAAAAUAUGCAUAAUACUUGUGAAAAGCAUUUCAUAUCGUGUUACUUGUAUAUUUUAGUAUGCAAUAUACUAGACUGUAUUUCAUUGUUGUAUACAGUAGAAUUAGCUGCGCACAAUUGAAAAAAAAAAAUGCUGUACAUAAGAAAAUCUGUUGCGAGUAUUUCUUGAAAAAUCUUAUUUAUACAUGUAUAUGUUUCGAACACAAUUUCAGAGAUGUUUCUUAUUCUCACUGAAUGAAAAAUGGCAAGUGUAUAUAAGAUUUUGAUGCAGUGCUUCUUUUGAUCACCGUUUUACAAUAUAUCAAUCAACACGGCCCAUAGUUUUGUAAUGCCAGUGAUUAGAGAUUAUUGUUUUGUAUGUCAUAUAUAAUGUUUGCAUUACUUGUCAUCUUCAUAUGUUCCCUUAUAGACAUAAUUUUCUUGCAAAGAAAAAAAAAUAUUUGUAUAUAUGAUACUGUCAAAUCAUUGCAUUAUAAUCAUAAUUUUGAAUACUUGCAAAUAGUAUUAUAUAUCCUUUUAAGAUUCUCUAAACUGAAAGUCUUCAUAUAUAUUUAGUUUUCUAAUUUAAUCUAUUGUAUGUGAUAUUAUUCUUUGCAUUCCAAUCUGUUUUUCAUGAUAUCCUGAAGUCUAUUUUAGAGAUAGUCGCCAGUCAUGGUAAAACUUUCAGAAUUCAAAGACAAUACUGCUAUUUUUCCUUUUAGUGGUCAACUUAUUUUAGCUGUCGUCUAAUUUUGGAUGCUUCUGUACCUAUCGUUUCAUUGGAUGGUGGACAGUGUUGCAAGAGCAGAAACCAGAGGCCCAUGUCACAAAAGAUCUUAUAACUGAUAACAAUAUACAAACAAUAUACAUUCAGGAACAUUCAAGUUCUCUCACUAUUCACUGCAAUAAAAAAAAUAUUGAAGAAAGAAAAGGAAUCCAUGAUUAAACUUGCAAAUUUAAGCAAAGUAAAGCAUUGAUGGAUGUAGGGAAGGAUUUUUUAUAUUAUAUGUACGUUAUAAUGGAAAGAUCUUUUGUGAAUUGGGUAACUGGUGCAGAAAUAACAAUUACUUAAAAGACAUUUUUGGAAAAGUUUUACUAAUUUUGAAUUAUUGCUAUAUCUACAUGUAAAAGCUACCAUAAUGAAAAGAAUUCAUGAAAUACGAUAAACUUGUCUUAGGCCUCUGGAUGGAUAGUCCCAUGAUAGUGUGUAUAAAAAAAAAAUGUUUUUCUUUGUUUUGUUGUUUUGAUGUAUAUUUAUGUUAAUACGACUGCAUAAUACUGCGUUAUUCUACGACUUAUUUAUAUCAUGUCAGUUAAUUCUCUGUUUUAUUUCACUUUUCUUCUACCUUUGUUAGUCUUGAUUUGUACUAGUAUCAUUUAUACCUGUAAUGUAAUAAGAUAUACAGAUAUAUGGCUGCAUGUAUUUGAAUUAUGAACCACUAAGAAGGAAAGACUUAUGAAUCCUAGUUUUGACCGUAUUGUAACUUUAAUGCAGAUUUAGUUUCAUAUUUUCUGUAUCAUUGGGGGAGGGGUUCUAUAAACUGAACUGAUAUUAAAAAGUUCCACUCUGGUAUUAAUUUGGACAUUAUGCAAUGUUUGUUAGAAAUCCAUAUGCUGUUUUCAUAUUCCUUCAUUUACAUAUAUUGCAAAAUGCAAAUUGAGAUGUUCAAUGUGUUCAUGUUUUAACUAGACCACCAAUCUGUAUACCAAAUCUGUCACCUGAAAAUGAGAAUGGGUAAACUAUUUUAGACCUGUGUAGAAAAAUGUGCCAUCGAGAAUGACACGUGUUUGCAGUGUGUAGUUUUCAUUGGUCUCAGUACCACAGCUCUUGUAUGAUUAUCAAGGGUAUUUUUGUUAUAGUUGUGAGUCUGUUUACAGCUUCCAGUUGAUUUUAUAUAGACUAGGCUGUGCAGCAGGUCUUACCUGUAGUUGUACUGUAUGGAUAUUGAAACAAUCAGUAGAAAGUUGUUAUUGAGAAAUUAAACUACAAAAUAGCAUAA